UGCUGCUGUCUCGUGGUUCACCAUGGCCCAGAACCAGGUGAUUUUGCAGUUCCGCUUUGCCACUUUUGGGGACUCCAUGCUGCACAAGAUGAACCUCCUCCGUCAUCAGAGACGCUUUUGUGAUGUCAUGGUGCGCAUCAACCAGCUGGAGGUUCCCGGUCACAAGGUGGUGUUUGCUGCCGGCUCGUCUUUCCUGAGGGACAAGUUCAUCCUUCAGCAGGACUCAAAGGAGGUCCAGAUCUCCAUGGUGCAAGAGGCAGAAGUUGGCCGGCAGCUGUUGCUGUCCUGCUACACAGGUCAGCUGGAGUUUCCAGAGCUGGAGCUGGUGCAUUACCUCACAGUGGCCAGCUUCCUCCAAAUGGGCCACAUUGUGGAGCAGUGCACUCAAGCUCUUAGCAAGUUCAUCAAACCUCAAGCCUCACGCCAGCUUGAGGUGGACGAGGACAUAAAGCGUUUGAAGAGGGACGAGAGCUUCUCCUUUCAGUCAAAGAGAGAUCCUCCUGAGCACUCUCAUGUUCAGACCAUUCCUGAGGGAGAGGAAGAGGUGGUGCUGGACCAGGUUGAAGGAGACAAUAAUGUUGACAGUGACGAUGAUGAUGACGACAACGAAGAUGACGAUGAAGACGACGAUGAUGAUGAUGUAAUAAUACAGCCCGAGAGCCCUGCUCAGAUUGUGAGGAGGCAUCCGAGGCAGAGUAUGGUGAAAGGUGACAUCACCAUAGUGAAGGUGGAGUCUGUGUCCGAUGCUGCAGAAAACUCCCUCAAUGCUCACUUACCUGCCAGCCCCCCUGCAGCGCUGCACUCUCCUGAGCCCCAACACUCCACCAUCAACUCCACCGUUGACAGCCGUGGCAGCGAGACGGCAGCUCCUCCUGGUGUGGGUGGAUACCUCCUCAACCUCCCGUCCCUGUCCCCUCCUACAGAGAAAUACAGCGUACACCAGAGAAAUUAUGACAAGCCGCUGCAGUGGUAUCACCAGUGCCCCAAGUGUGCCCGGGUCUUCCGUCAGCUGGAGAACUACGCCAACCACCUCAAGAUGCACAAACUGUUCAUGUGCCUCCUCUGCGGCAAAACCUUCACUCAGAAGGGCAACCUGCACCGACACAUGCGUGUGCACGCUGGCAUUAAGCCGUUCCAGUGUAAAAUCUGCGGCAAGACUUUCACCCAGAAGUGUUCCUUGUUGGAUCACCUCAACUUGCACAGCGGGGACAAGCCCCACCGGUGUAACUACUGCGACAUGGUGUUCGCUCACAAGCCAGUGCUACGUAAACACCUCAAACAGAUCCACGGCAAGAACAGCUUCGACAACGCAAAUGAAGGCAGCCUGCACGAGGGCGCGCUCGAGUUAGAUUUUGGACAAAUGUUAAAAUCCUGAACUGUUUCUUUUUUUUUUUUUGCUGUUUGACAUCGUGAGAUGACGUGUGGGACUUGUCGUUACA